CGGUGCGAGGCGGCGGCGCCGCAUGAGGAGGCAGCCGGCGACAGCGGGCGCUGCCGCUCUCUCCGCCAUGUCGGACCGGCUCGGCAAGCCCACCUGCCUCAUCGUCGCCAGCGCCGCCGCCGCGGGUGUGUCAGCCCAGUCCUUCCUCCAUUGCUUUACACUGGCUAGCUCUGCUUUUAAUCUGCAAGUUGCUACUCCUGGAGGGAAAUCAAUUGAUUUUGUGGGUGUGAAUGAAAGCAACAUGCGUUGGAUACAGGACUUUCGUAUGAAAUCAUAUGCAAGCCCUGCCAAAUUGGAGUCAAUUGAUGGUGCUAGAUAUCAUGCAUUGUUGAUUCCUAACUGUCCUGGAGCUAUGACUGACCUUGCAAAUAGUGGAUACCUAGCUAGGAUAUUACAGCAUUUCAGCACUGAGAACAAACCUGUUUGUGCAGUGGGUCAUGGAGUUGCAGCUUUGUGUUGUGCCACCAAUGAGGAUAAAUCCUGGGUGUUUCAGGAAUAUAGCCUGACAGGGCCCUCUGUGUAUGAACUAAUAAGGCAGCCUAAUUUUGCCAGUUUGUCCAUUAUUGUGGAGGAUUUUGUGAAAGAUUCUGGAGCUACAUUUAGCGCAAGCAAGCCGGAUGCUGUACAUGUUGUGCUGGACAGACACCUGGUGACAGGACAGAAUGAGAAUUCCACUGUUCUAUCAGUCCAAAACCUUAUUCUUCUUUGCAAUAGCAGGUGAAUGUGGUAAAAGUCCUUUCCUGGCUGUGGACAGACAGAUGCUGUGGUGUUUGGAUGUGUUUCAUUCAGCAGGAAAUGAAAGGGCAGGUCUCUUUGCAACUAGGAUGGAUGAAGAGUCAGCAGGCUAAGGAUUUUCUUGUCUAUUAACACUCUUUAGAUCUCUGGCACGGCCUAUGAAAUGACUGUGAUGGUGAAGUGGCAAUGUCAGGUUUUGCAUAUAUAGAAUGGAUGAAGAUUGUGAAUAAGAAAAAAGUAAAGUGUACCACACUUCAGAUGUGAUUAUGAAUCCAUCUUGAAUUUUUUGUUCCUACAUUUUUUUCACUGCAUCUCUCUCUACAUCCUUAAAAAGCCUUUGAGCUCUGUUUGUGAAUCAUUUGACGUUUGCAGAUUGAAUAUCAAAAGCUACACUUAAUACUUCAUUGACAUGCAAUCUGAGGUUUGUUCUCACCCACCCUUCGGUGAUUCACAGAGUUACCCUCUGACUCUAUAUAUGUCUUGAACAUUUGGAUAUGCUUGGAAUAUGAUGGAAAGUAUAUAGUAAACUCUGUCUAAAUAAAGCAGAACCAACUGUUUGAAGGCAGUUCACUGUAGUGAUGCUGUUGGCAUAAUGUGUUUUCUUCCUUGCCUGUUCACAUUAACAGACUACUGUUUAAAAAACAACAUUAUAUUUGCUCAACUGAUUUUAAA